GAAAUUGGGAAAAAUGGAAGAGCUGAGCAUGCCUCGCUGUUUUCCCGCAAAACCAGACCGGGGAGUCUCUCUCUCUCUCUCUCUCUCUCUCCCUCUCUCUCCACGCUGAUUCUCUUCGUCUUCUUCUGCUCAUUACCUUCUCUCGAGCUAUAUCCAUGGCGUUUGCAUGCUGAAGCAAAUCGCAGAUGGAUCACAAGAUGAAUCACUCAUUGAGCUGCUCGAGAUUCACGACGCUGACCGUGGCGGCAGUCCUGAUCCAGCUGGUCGGCCUCUCCCUCUUCAUCUUCGGCUUCUUCCCCAUCAAACCUGCUCUCUCCGGGAUCAGCGGACCAGAGAGUUUCCGCCCCCCGUGGGAUGAUGUGGGCAAGAAUCGGAGUGUGGCCGCUCUACCUCCCGAGCAGCUGCGUCGACUUUAUCAGGAAUUAUCUGAGCUUCCUUCUUCAUUCGACCGGCUAAUCCUGAUGGUGAUUGAUGGCCUUCCAGCAGAAUUUAUUCUUGGAAAGGAUGGUGACCAUCCCAAGAAGGCUUUUGUGGAGGCGAUGCCCUAUACUCAGACCUUACUAUCUACUGGAGUAGCAGUUGGUUUUCAUGCAAAGGCUGCACCUCCAACUGUCACCAUGCCAUGUUUGAAGGCUAUGGUUUCUGGGGCAAUUCCGGGAUAUCUGGAUGUUGUAUACAAUUUUAAUACUCAAGCAUUGCAAGAUGACAAUAUUAUUGGUCAACUUUUUCGCACUGGGAGAAAGAUAUGGAUGUUUGGCGAUGAUACUUGGCUUAAGUUGUUUCCAGGAUUGUUUACUCGAACCGAUGGUGUCAGCAGUUUUUUUGUCAAAGACACCGUUGAAGUUGAUCGAAACGUCUCUCGACAUUUGGGAGAUGAGCUUAUGAGAGAUGACUGGGAUAUUAUGAUUCUCCAUUAUCUAGGCUUGGAUCAUGUCGGCCAUAUAGGCGGUCGUAAAAGUGUUUUAAUGGCACCAAAGCUCAAGGAAAUGGAUGAAGUGAUUGAAAGGAUCCAUAGUACUAGUCAGAUGCAAGAUGAAGAUAAAGGACGGACACUUUUGGUGAUUGUAAGUGAUCAUGGCAUGACUGAGGAUGGUAACCACGGGGGAUCUUCAUAUGAAGAGACUGACUCUUUAGCUCUUUUCAUUGGAUUAAAAGAUCAAAUGCAUGGGCUUGCAGGACAACAGAGUAUUACGGUUGAUCAGGUAGACAUUGCACCAACAUUAGCUGCUCUUUUCAAUGUUCCAAUACCUAAAAACAACAUCGGAGUGCUGAUACAAGACACCCUUGAUUUUAUGUCAGAAGAGCAGCAGUUGAGGGCGAUGGAAUUGAAUUCAUGGCAAUUGCUUAGUUUAUUACAAGUUCAGUUACCUGGUAUGAGAUGCAUUAAUUUCAACAAAGAGUUGGUUGUUAGUAAGUGCAGUGGAAGCGUGGAGAAAAAAUUUUGUUGUCUAUAUCAAAAUGCUGCUGCUCUUCACAGAUCCUGGGUGUCCAAAAAAAUGUCCAUGUCAAACAGGAGGAAGGACUACAUUAGAGCUGCUGCAGCGUAUCACGAGUUUCUGAAGACUGCAAGUGAGUGGUUAGCACGAAGAGUCACUGAUAAACCUGUAGGGCUACUUGCUCUUGGAGUAUCAGCGAUGCUAUUAUCUAGUGUAAUAUUACUGGGCCUAUUAUUUCAUUUGAACAAAGCUGUCUCUAUUGAAGGGGAGGCAAACCUCCUUAAAAGAGAAAGUAGGCCCCACUUGCGGGGUUUGGAUGAAUUUUUCAUUGUUGUUGCUACAGUAGGGCAUGCCAUUAGCAUGGGAUCAAGUUCAAUGGUAGAGGAAGAGCAAUACAACUGGCAUUUUUUGACAUCAACACUUUGUCUGUUGCUACUCCGUGAAGCAUUACAGGUCUUUCCAGCAGUAAGAAUGCAACAUCCAAGUCACAAUGAAAGAGCUGGUUGUCAAUUUUAUUCUGUCUUAGCAUUGAUUAUUUCAGGAAGAAUCAUGAGAGGUUGGCAUCAAGGCGGUGUAAACUGGACUAAUCUUCCUGACAUUUCUAAGUGGCUUGAACUGAGAGGAAAUGAAUAUGUGAAGUAUACUCAGAUUGUGGCCUUUGUCUUGGUAAUGAGCUUAGGCUUGUUUGCUUUGUCCCUUAUAUGGAAAAGGAUAAAAGAGGUUUUAGCAAUUAUGUUCAGUCUUUUGGUGCCGGGUUUGUUGGUUCUGAAACAUGUGAUAGAAUUUCAAGACAACACAGUCACUUCAUCGGGCAGUGGUGCAACUUUAUCGGCUCAAAAAAUCUACACUACUCUGAUGAUCAUUUCUGUGGGGACUAUUGUAGCCUUUCCAUGGUUCGUUCUUACUAAGAAAAAUAAGAAUUCCUCAAGUUGUAGUAUCAGCUCGUCUACUUCUGUUCCCUCCAACGCCAUCAUGAAAGUUCUGCUGCAUGAGAUCAGGGAUUCUUUAUAUGUGAUUGGGUGGGCACUGCUACUUUGUUGGUGCCUUGUUCAACUCUUGCUCCAACAGCCCGUCAGUUCGAUGCCCAUCUCGAUUCUUCUCUUUCAGAUCUACUUAAUUAUGCUGUACUCUUCAACUACUGGGCCACCAUAUAAGCAAUGGGUUGAGGUAUCUACUUUGUACUACUUAGGGAUGGUAGGCCAUUAUUCUAUGGGGAACAGCAACGCUCUUGCUACGAUUGAUGUUGCUGGUGCAUUUAUUGGCACUUCAAGUUACUCCACGUUGGUCUCUGGCAUCUUGAUGUUUAUGAUAACCUAUGCGUCGCCCAUGCUAUUUCUUCUGAGUAUAUUGGUGCACAUUUCUGUGAAGGACGUCAGUGUUGCUCUGCAGGGCUCUGAUUCCAGACAGCUACUGAAGGCGAUGCUUGGAUUUCCUUGUCUUGUUCCUCUGGGGUUGAAUUCCGUCUUACUGGCUGCUUAUACCAUUGUCCUGUUGUUAAUGAGAAACCAUUUAUUCGUCUGGAGCGUCUUCUCCCCAAAGUUCUUGUAUGUUGCUGCUGCUACUGUGUGCAUUGACGUUGGAGUCUUUAUAGUGGCUGCCACUGUAACUUAUGCAUAUGCAAUUAUUGCUUCUACUGGGAAGCCCAAAGGCCAGCAGGCAUAAUGCAAGCUUUUGUGGUCAGUGACAUGACUAGCUAUUGUCUCUCGCGGACCAGAUCCUCACGGUCUAUGUUGUCCGGCUAACUGAGGUAUCAUGGGCCUCUUAAAUUAUCUGGCUAAGCUAACACUUCUAGGACAGCCCUCACAUGACGAAUUGAGACCUUCCACUGUCAAGUAGUAGGUUCAAAUUUUGCUAUUAAACAGCAUGUAUUUGCUUCUCAUGAAUGUUCCGGUUGAGGUAGAUGAUGGUAUAGCAUAGUCGGUUUUCCUUUCUUGGAAUGAUUCAGUGUACAAGGUUUUACUUUUUGAGAUAAAAUUAGCAUUUGUCCUCUGUUGCAAAUGGCUUCUUAAGGAAAGAUACGGCUUUUCUGCGAAA